AUAGGCAGAAGCACCUGUUGCGCAGCUACCUGUUUUACUCGAUCCAUGGGUCCGUUCUCUCUUUUCUCUUUCUCUUACUGCUUCUCUUUCUCUUUCUCUUUAGUAUCGUGCACGGUGUCACGGCAGUAGGACGGUCUCCGAUCGCGGUGCUGAUUCUUCGGUAAAGGGCAACGACUCGCGAAGUGAAAAUAAUGUCUCCUUAUGCACGUCGAACGGAAUCGCGGUGAACAGUGCGAAGUCUAGUCUGUCCGAAGGUUUAGGACGGAUAUUUCUUAGAGAGGAAACGUGAGUACGCUGCAGCAGCCAGGUUGGAAAUGCAUCGAACGAGAGUUUAAGAAGGAGCAAUGGAGGACGAGCCAUGGGAUACCUGUUUCGGGACAGGAAAUGUGGCAGGGGCUGUGAUCGGUACUUUCCUUACAACGAUUCUCCUGCUGCUGGUUGCUGCGCUCCUUUACAGACAGUGGCGUAGGCACAAGGGAAAACACCUAGUGCUCGUGACGGACCCAGAAAUCGUGGAGGAAGCUUACGCCUUCGAUAAUCCUUGUUUCAAGGAUGUCACGACAUCGUCGACUAGUCGAACUCGGGAAGGAGCUGUAUCUCUGACACCUGGAGACACUCCAGGCAAAGAUUCUGCACGAUGGUCUACCUCUUGGACAUCCUUGGGACUGGGUUCCACUAACCGCAACGAUAAGCGCAAAACCCUCGACGAUUCUUGCCUUGGACCGAAAGCAACGAGGAUCAAUUUAGUUAGCUUGAAAAGUCGAGAUUUCACAGGACUUGGAUUUAAUAUUUGCGGUAAUAUGAGAGAAGGAAUCUUCGUUAAGGAUCUCCUCCAUCGUGGACCUGCAUCGGAAUCCGGUCGUAUACAUCCAGGAGAUCGUAUAGCCAGUGUAAAAAUCAGUUUUCGAAAUAUGGUGUACGAGGAUGCUUUAACGAUUUUAAGUUACGCUUCACCAUACGACGUGAAACUAGAAGUAGAAAGUGGAGGAAUCGGAUCGAAACCAACCACGCUUUUCAAAAAAAGCGUUGGUCCUAGCGCGGCAAGAAUUUGCCACCCUUUGUACAGGAGUCAAUCAAUUCCAGAGCUCUCGCAGUCGAAGAGUGUAGCAAAGAGACUUUUUAUAGUCGAUUCGAACGAAUCUAUCAGUUCUAAUUACUCGACGAUGAAUUCGACUUUGAAGUCCUCAAAGUCUACACCAAAUAGUCAAACUUUCGAGAAAAGCCACGACGAAUCCAAGAGCAAUCACCACAAAUUUGGCAUCAAAGUUUUACCCUCCCUUGAUGGUACUGUUCAUCGCAUUGAAAAUCAAAACGAGCAUAACACGAACCUUGAAAGAAGACAUUCGAAGAAAUUGGAUACAGAAAAGUAUCUGUCAAACAUGAAUAAAGCUCCUGUACUUAGCGACAAGAAAGAAGAAGCUCAGCGUCAGCAGACUUCGCAUGUAUUGCCAGGUACUAAAGAGAAAAACGACAUUUUCAAUCCACGUAACGUUGACACGUUAGAUAGAAGUGGAAAAGUUAAUGAUGCGUCGAUUCACGUACCAUCAGAGGUACCAACGGAAGUCCAUAAUGCAGCUAUGGCUGCUCGCAGGAAUCGGAAAAAUAGUUCUGAGUUGUUAAAUACCCCGAAAAAUAUAGAAUCUGUCGAGACAGAGGAUUCUAAAAAUCAACAAAAGAAUAAGAGGAAAGCUCCACCACCACCGAAAAGUAAUAAUUACGAUGUCGAAUAUAUUUCUCCUGUGAAGAAAGAUUCGCCAAUUACGAAAGCGUAUGACUCAAAAAAGGAGGACGAGAUCAAUAGUAUUACCGAUUACACAGAAUCUUUAUCCGAAUAUAUAAAGAAAGUACGCGAAACCACAGAAAAAGUGGAUCCACGCGUGGAACAAAAAGUAGAGACGUUGAUAAUUGAUGGAAGGCAUUCCGAAUCCGAUACUGACAGCGAAAUACAAAACAGUUUUACAACUAUCGAAUUGAACUCGGCUGACAUCACGAUCCACAGGACACCUGUACCCGAAACAAACGACGACGAGGAUGAAGAAGACGAUGUUUACAGGAAAGCUGCGAGCUUAGGUGAUCUAUCAAAGUACGAAUGUAGGACAUCGGCAACUCUUGAAAGAGCGCAGAGUCUGGAUAUGACUGAUACUGGCACGAAGAAACGUAAAGCACCUCUGCCACCGGAGGAUAUUAACGAAUCUACCGAAGAUUUGACUAAACUCGAUCAGAUAGAUACUUUCGAUAGACGAUUAUUAAAAAAAUCAAACGAAUGGGGCAAUCUAGAAGAUGUCGUGUGGCGAAAGAAACAGGACUCAGAAGAAAAGUCAAAGAAAUCAAAAGUUAGAAAAAAAAGCAACGGCUCACUCGAACGAUCUAAAUCUGCUGUAGAGAUUAAGUUAAAAAGCGAAGCUUCCGAAUCAAAAGAAGAAAAUUUCACAGACGAUGAAACUAGUAUCGAACUUUAUAAUCUUCCUUUGAGUAAGAGACUCACAGAAGAAUUUAUUCGUGCAGAACGAAUGUUCAAUCCAGACGAAGAUAAUUCUCUGAUCAGAAUUGUUAAUGACGGACACGUUGUUAAAAGUCCUACACUCGAAGAAGUAGAAUUACAAUUUAAAAAGGAAACCUCACUACCUGACGACUUUAACAACGACAGUAUGAUCGUAAAUGAGCAAUUUUCGGAUGACGAGGAGAAAGUACUGAACAAAGAUUUUGGCAAAGCUUUAAAACACUUUGAAACGUAUACACAAAAAUUACCGACGUUCUCAGAUUCUUCCAAACAGGAUUUAUUUCGUUUCAAAAACUGGAAAGAAGAUAAUUCAUUAACGAGCAAUGAGAUGAUUUCAUAUGCUGGUAAGAAAGUGGUCGAGGAAGAGCCAAUGAUAAAACUUAAUAUUAAAAGAGGAUGCCAUGCAUGUGAUGAGAAUUGUAAUCGUCAUGAAACCUGUAAGAAGAAGUCCUUUUCCACGAAACGAUCAUCUACCCCAAUACCUUUACAAGAUUAUUCUUCCAAUUCAAUGGAAGGUAACGAUUCAAUGACAACUAACGACGAUGAGGAGCCAAACUCGAUGUCACAUAUGCAUGGAUCAAUGUUCAAAGACAGAGAAAGUAGAAGUGAAAAGUCAUCGAUAAGUUCAAAGUCGCCAUCAAGACGGGUGAUUGAGGUUCCCAUGAAUCAAAGAAUCGAUCGAGAAAAUGACGAGGAUGAAGAUGAAUAUGAAUUCGGUUCUGGUGUAACUAUAAAUAACAAAAGUUUAUUCGAUCGUGAGGAUCGUCGCAAUAUUAACAAUAUCAGUGUUUCAAGUGGUGAAAACAGUGAAGAUAGCGGAUUAGUUGGUGAAUCGAUGGAUUACAACCCACAAGACUUUGAUAAUCGACCACCACUCCCAAACACACCAAUGCCACAGAAAAUGACUUAUAUUACAGAGAUCAAGCUUUCUGCUAAUAGAGGAAAAUUUCAAGAAGAUGACAAUGAGAACAGUGAAACGCUUUCCACAGUGGAAAGUAAGGGUAAGAAAUCGGUACAAAGCGAAAUCAAAACUACUUCAAAUGGGAAAGCUGCUUCUAAUAAGAAACCCCCUGUACCUCCUAGGAGAACAGACAUUACGAAAUCUAGUAAAAAAGGAAAUUCUGACAAACAAGUUAUUUAUGUAUCCGAAUAUAAAUCCAACGAGUCGAAAGAACAAGAAGGAUCAGACGUAAGUCAUGAAAUCAAACAGUCAGAUAACUGGUCCGCAGAAACAUGA